AUUUUACGCAGCCAUGCAUUCAACUAAAGUGUGAGCUAAAAUGUGAAUUCAUCCAAGGCUUGUAGAGAUCGGUCACUGAGGCAGAGUUGGGGGGGGGGGAAGAUUUUGAUAAUAUCUGUCAUCUAAAUCACCUAGUGUGAAAGUUUGUGAAGCUCAACAUUUGGAGUAAUAGUGUAUAUAGUAGAUUAUGCAAGGAUGAUGGAAACAGAGUUCUCUUCGAUGCUGGUGCAACUUUCUGAUGCAAUCAGCAAGAAAGGUGAAAAGUAUGUAGACCUGUUGAGGGUUCUGUACAGAGAUCUUGCAAAUGUUAAAUCAGACUUGGAGAAAGCUAAGUGUGCAUUUGAUAUAUUUCAAUUGCUAAUAGCACCUGGCAUUUUGAAGCCAACAGACAUUUCAAUUUUGUUUGAAACAAUUGAACUAACUGGAUUGAAAUAUUUGAUAGAGAUAAUCAAGAGAUAUGAGACAUAUCCUGAAGAAGUGAAGAUCACUCGGUUUUCACGACAUCGUCAACAGGUUGUUGCUCUGGGAAAAGACUUUUCAGUUAAAGAUCUCCAGAAAGUUAGUCAGUUAUAUGAAGGCAAUUUUUCUAGUCCAUGGAAACUGAUUCAACAUCUUGAAGAUACAUCUGUUUUAACAGAAGACAGCAUGUCAUCAUUUCUUCAACAUUUGAAUGAGAAUAAAGUAAAUGAAGAUUUUAAUCAACUGCUUGUGAGAAUAUCCGAUGCAAUCAGCGUAAAAGGUGAAAAGUAUAUUGACAUGUUGAGGGUUCUGUACAAAGAUCUUGCUGAGUUUAAAGCAGAAUUGGAGGAAGCUAAAUCUGCAUUUGAUUUAUUCCAAAUACUAAGAGUCUCCGACAUUUUGAAAGCAACAGACAUUUCAGUUUUAUUUGAAACAAUUGAAGUAACUGGAUUAAGGUAUUUGAAGGACAUAAUUAAGGCGUAUGACACAUAUCCAGAUGAAGUGAAGAUCACUCGAUUUUCAGCACAUCGUCAACAUCUGAUUGCUCUUGGAAAAGACUUAUCUACCAUAGAUAUUCAAAGGAUUAGACAGAUGUACGAAGUUCCAGAUGACUUCUGUUUUAAUUCAUGGAAACUGAUCACAUAUCUUGAAAGUAAGGGUAUUGUUUCAGAAAAUAACUUGUCAUCAUUUCUUCAGAAUUUGCAAAGAGAUGUUAAUGAAAAAGCAUCAACAUCAAAAAGACAAAAAUUAGACAAAGGUAAAUCAAGAAAAUCUAAACAACCAAGAAAAAUGCAAAGAUUUGACAAAGGGUUUGGAGAAGCAUCAACAUCAAAAAGACCAAAGUUAGACAAAGGUAAAUCAGGAAAAUUUAAACAUCCAAGAAAAAUGCGAAGAUUUGACAAAGGUAUUGGCGAAGCAUCAAUAUCGAAACAACCAAAGUUAGACGAAGACAAGUCAGAACAAUCAGUACAACCACAAAGGUCAAGGGCAGAUGAAGAUAUAAUUAUCAAAGAUUCCCUGAUGACAAGGCAAAAAGAACUGUAUCAGAAUGAGAAUCGUAUGACACCAGCAAUCUGGCAUAAAGGUCAUAAAGUAGAUAUUGCAAAAGUUUUCACUGAACUCAAGUUGCUGCAAUCUAAAAAAGAAGACAAAGGAAAAGAAGACAAGUCAACAUGUACAAAAAAGGAAGGUAGACCCACAUCAUUAACAAAGGCAUUAGAUGUUAUUAAGUCAACAGAUUCAUGUAAGGUAUUAAUAACAGGGAAGGGAGGAAUGGGUAAGACUACCCUCCUUAAGUAUAUUGCUCAUCAGUGGGCUACUGAUGAUGAAUAUGUCUUUGCUGAUAAAUUACUGUUUCUGAUAAAUAUCAGGGAAAUUAAAGCAAGUAAAACGUUUUUGGACAUAAUAUUGAACAAAAUUGAUUGCAAAGCAAUAAUAUUGAAGAAUAAUUUGUCAUCUUAUUCAGUUGAAAGGUUCUUGGUCACACAUGAUGAUAAAAUAGUAUUUUUGUUAGAUGGAUAUGAUGAGUUAGAAAGAAAUUCUAAGGACCCAAUAGAUCUUUUCAAAAAAAGUGAAUUUCAAAAAAGCACGGUGGUGAUAACAUCUCGACCAGACAACACAGCUGAUUUGCUUGAAUACUGUGAUGUACGUAUUGAAGUAAAGGGAUUCAGUCCAAGUAACAUAAAGAAGUAUAUUCAAAAUUAUUUUCAUUCAAUCAGGGAAAUCGAAAUUGGCGAUUCAUUAAUAAAAGAGUUUGGACUUGAUUCAGAGCACCCAUGGUAUAGGAAAGACCUGUAUGAGGGUGGUAAACACAAAGAAGCAUUUGAAUUGUGUUCAUCUCCACUGUUGUUGCUUCAGAUUUGUACCAUAUGGGAACUAAAACGAGUUCUUCCUGAAUAUUUGCCCGAUCUUUUCAAGGACCUCAUUUGUUGUAUUUUAAAUCAAUACUUAAACAGGGCUGGCAAUAAAACUGCUAUUGCCAAUUUUGAAAGAAUUCAAGAUAUAUAUAAAUCUGCCUUUUUAAUUUUAGGAGAAUGUAUGUAUGAAGGACUAAAGAAAAAUAUAUUAUCUAUUGACAGAUACGAUUUGUCAAAUGUGACACAGAAUAAAACAUUAUUAGAUUUAGCACUGGAACUUGGGUUUGUUUAUGAAGAUACCCCUGCUAAUCCAGGGGAUGUAAGAGAGAUGUACACGCCACCACAUAAAUUAAUGUCAGAGGCGCUAGCAGGGCUGUACCUGUCUACAGAAAUUCAGAAAGGGAGUUCAAAGGUUGAGUAUGAGGAAAUCCGAUGUAAUGAAUAUUUAAAUAUGACGAGGGUGUUUGCAAUAGGAUUUUUAGGUGCUGAUGCUGAUAAGUUGCUGAAACCAUGGUUGAUAGUCAGGGCCUCAAAUUAUUGCUCAAUAGUACAAUGUUUAAAACAUGUAAAGAAAGAGAAUGAAGAUGAUAUUUUAGUGAAAUUGGAUAAGCUCAUGUCCAACGAUAUGAAAGCACAUAGUGAGCAAAUGUUGGAGUCAUUUAGAAGUCUUAUAAAUGAUGACAGAGACAUAUCAAGUAUGCAUUUAUUCAAACUCAUGAAAAGAUGUAGCAUUGAAUAUCAUCCUUACAAUCUUGAAGCAGCAGCAGUAUCUUUGAUAAAUAGGUGCAGGGAAAGGCAGUGCCAAAUUGUUGUACAUACCUUAGUGUUAUUACAAGUAAUGAAUCAGCGUCGGACACCAGACCUUCUACUUAAUUGUAUUUCAAAAUGGGAAAAUGAAGAAAUCAAUUUACUUUCAGCUGAGAUGAAAAAAAAUCAUUUUAUAUAUACUUUGACUUCCAUUAGGUUUGAUUUUCAACUGAGUUCAGCAUUCUUAAUUCAUUUCCUUAAAUAUGCAAGUAACUUAGAUAGCUUGCACUUAUGGAGUAACACAUUGGUCACAGAAUGCCAGAACAGUGAAGAUACAGUAUGCAAUAGUCACAAGUUGGUCACAGGUGCUAUACACAAUGCAGUUAUUAAUGAUUUGGACAAUGCCAAUAUAAAGUUAGAAUUAGAAACACUUGAUAUUAGUGGCAAUGAUCUAAAUGAUAUUGAUGGAACACUACUGGGAAAAUUAUUUAAAAUAGCUCCUAAAUUAAAAUAUCUAAAUGUAAGAAAGUGUAGGCUAUCAGGUGGUACUUUGAGGUCAAUGAUCACAGAAUGCCUGAACAGUGAAGAUACAGUAGACCAUGUUUUGAAACACUACAGGCUUGUACUGGAGGGCAAUGACCUUUCAGAUAUUGAUGAUACAUCAGUUGCUGAUUUAGUCAGUGUAGAUUGUCAUUAUGAAUUUGGUGCUGAUAAUCUAGAAAAGCUGGUCGAAUCAGUAGCUGAAGAAAAUAUAAUACUGAAUUGGCAAGUGAUAGAUUUGAGUAAUAUUAACCUAUCUUCAAUCAGUGGAAGAACAUUAGCUUGCCUUGUUAAGAUUUCUCCAGACCUGGUCCAUAUUGACAUGAGUUACUGCAAUUUAUCAGGCAGGAUUGUUAAUGAAAUGAUAGAAGAAUGCUGUGGGAUGAAUGUAGUAUUGAAAAACAAGAUGAUUAAUCUGGGGGCUGGUAACCUGGAAAUGCUGGUUGAAUCAGUAGGUGAAAAUAUAACUCUGAAUUGGCAAUUUAUAGAUUUGAGUAAUAUUAACCUAUCUUCAAUCAGUGGAAAAACAUUAGCUUGCCUUGUUAAGAUCUCUCCAGACAUGAUCCAUAUUGACAUGAGUUACUGCAGUUUAUCAGACAGGAUUGUUUAUGAAAUGAUAGAAGAAUGCUGUGGGAUGAAUGUAGUAUUGAAAAACAAGAUGAUUAAUCUGGGGGGUAAUGACAUUUCAGAUAUUGUAAAUCACUUGUAG